GACAUUGCUUUGACGUCUUUCCUUCUUUUGUCCUCUCCCAUGUCCUGUGACCGUAUUGACGAUGAUUCCUGUGCUUACCCUGUUUACACCUAUGUCUAAUUGACAGUAGCCAAUUUUCUUUCUUGUCUUUGUAGGCUACGGCUUGCUUGUCCACUCGUUUGUUAUAUUCUGCUACCUCAACUGUAGCCGAUUAGAGUCAGAGUCCUAUCGUUGAUACACAGCCACUGCUCUUCCUGUGUAGAAACCAGAACCAACAUGGCAGAGCACCCGACGUUGCCAACCCAUGGACAUUGCCGUGGGCUUGGUCAAACCAACGGAAUCGAAGAAGCAAACAAACAAUUCUUCAAUAGUGCUGGAAUCGCAGAACACUACUCCGAACGCCCCGGCGCGUUAGAGUGCGCACGGAGGUUGGUAGCUGCGAUGCUCAAGCUGUAUCAUUUCGCCGAGGAGGAAACAACGGUUAUGGAUUUUGCUUGUGGAACUGGUCUUAUAUCCAGGGAACUCGCACCACAUGCCAAGUCCAUCGUGGGCGUCGAUAUCAGCCAGAAUAUGGUUGAUAUGUAUAAUCUCAGCGUUUACAAUCAGGGCAUCUCUCCUGACGAGAUGAGGGCCGUGUGCAUACCAGCGAUAAAGGAGGAUGAAGAGCAUCUGAAGGGGAUGACCUUUGACGUUAUUGUGUGCGCAAAUGCUUACCAUCACUUCGCGUCGAUCGACAGUGUCACCAAGUCCUUAGUUUCGUACCUUAAACAGGGGGCCUCGCUCCUGGUCGCAGAUUUAAUCAAGAGUCAGUCAUCUGAAGAGAUCUUUCCUUCUAACGCCCACCACAUCGUGCCCCACACGGGUGGCUUCACUGCUGAAGAAGUUCGGAAUGCCUUCGAAGGUGCCGGACUUCAUAAUUUCAGCUUCACGAAAGCAACGAACGCAAUGCCUAGACACGCGACGGAGUCGGUGACCUUCUUCGUUGCCCGGGGAGACAAAUGAAAGGAGAG